AGGGAUUAUGCCUCAGAAGGCUGGAGGUGUGCAGCAGCAACAGGUCUAGCUUGAAAAUGGCUCUGUGUGUGUGCAGGUGUCUCCAUCAUACGUGGCACUGAAACACAGGAUAUAGCAGAAUUGUAUUUCUCUAACGCUUCAACAACUAUCUUCCUCAAAAGCUACUGCGGAGUCAGCAAAUGUUCUAAGCCUAAACCCACCACGAGGGACGCAUUUCACCUCUCCGUCAAACCUACAUAUAAAAAAAAAUUAAAUAAAUAAACAAAUAAAUAAAUAGUAAGAAAGCAGUUAUACCAAAAACGUAAUGGCAGCAAAAACAGACCAGCCCAUAGCUCAGCCAUCCAUGAAGAAAUCCUUGCAACAGCCCCGCACUAAGUGGUGGCCGAUCCUGGUCUUGUCAAUAGUCUCCAUAUCGGAAGGGACCUGUGUCUCCUUUCCGGGUAUCGUUCAGCCACAACUGACCAAAGCUGCUCCUGGAGAACUCUCCCUGACCACGGAAGAAGUCUCCAUCCUCAACAGCCUCUUUCACAUGGGCUUAGUGAUGGCAGCCUGCCCCUCCUUGCCGCUGCAGACCAUUAUGGGGCAGAGGAUCGUUAUCGUGCUGGGAAUCUGCCUGAAUGUUUCUGCCUGGCUAGCCAUUACCCUGACCAAGAAGAUCUGGGUUCUUUGUCUGGCACGUUUCGCUCAAGGCAUGUGUUUAAACACAGGAGGUCCUUCAAUAACUACAUAUCUGGUUGAGACGGCACACAAGAACAACAGAGGAUGGCAAACUGGGACCCAAUAUCUUUCCAGGAGCAUCGGACUGCUAGUGCCAGCCAUCACUACCACAGCAAACUUAAGCUGGCGCCAAACAGGAAUAGUGUGCUGCGUACUGAGUCUCGUCCCCAUAAUAGGCAUCCUGUUACUGCCAGACUCUCCCAGGUGGCUCAUGACUCGCGGCCGCAACACCGAAGCCCAAAAAGCUUUAAAAUACUUUCGAGGAGAAUGCAGCGAGAUUGAAUCCGAAUAUAAAGAGAUUGUCUCCCAGGCGCUCAAGGAGGGGCAAGGUGACAUUUGUCACCAAACAAGUAUGCUGUUUAGAGCUCCUACAAGGCGCACGCUAAGUCUGCUGUUUGUCACAGCGAGCACCAUCUAUUUUGGGGGAAGCAACUUGGUCAUCACCUACAUGGUGCCCAUAAUGCAAAGGGCAAAGAUAACUACUGAUCCUUACUUGACCAGUAUUGUUUUUUUUCUAACAAGAACUUUGGGUGCUACUAUGUCUGUGUGCCUCUCACACCGUCUGAAACGAAAACCUCUAAUAAUUGUAGGCCUCAUAAGUAUAUCUCUUUCUCAUGGAAUGAUCAGCCUCUACUUCUUCCUGCAGAGGUUUGGAAUAUCGGACAUAAGCUGGAUGCCCAUUGCCGCAAUAAUAAUAAUGCUUUUCUCUGACGGCAUUGGUUGCACGGGAUAUUACACACUUGAAGGGGAGUUACUGCCGCUGUCCUGUCGUACCAUUGGUGUCUUGUCACUGAAAUGUGCCGGUGGAAUGUCAGCUGUUUUGAAUAUGAUGACCUACGAGCAGACAAUUGUGGCACUGGAAAUGGACGGCGCUUUUCUUCUCUAUGGUGCCUUGAGUGCCAUCGCACCUUUCAUCAUCAUCUUCUGCCUGCAGGAGACACACGGUGUCUCACUGGAGGAAUUAACAGUGAGUGUAUCACAGAAUGACAAUACAGUGAAGACCAAGACUCUGAAUAUUUGAGGUGUGUGUGUGUGUGUGUGUGUGUGUGUGUGUGUGUGUGUGUGUGUGUGUGUGUGUGUGUGUGUGUGUGUGUGUGUGUGUGCGUGUGCGUGUGUGUGUGUGUGUGUGUGUGUGUGUGUGUGUGUGUGCGUGUGCGUGUGUGUGUGUGUGUGUGUGUGUGUGUGUGUGUUUCACCAACUAUGAUCAAACAAAGCAACACAUUUCAGUCAAUAAAUGAAAGUCCAUCACGUAUAAUUUGGCCAACUCAUUGAGUUUGACGAGGUACCCGCAGUCUUUACCCUGUAGAUGUGCAGUACAGAUAAUCGUUGGUCUGACUGAAAUACAAGGCGAGCCCACAACUGCAUUAAUAAUAACCUGGGAUGGUCUGCUCAGCUGUUAUGGAGAUGUUAAGCAGGUUUUUUAUAAGACAUUUCUUCCUGAAUUAAAUCUCUAUUCAAACCUA